AUCACAAAAUAAACUACAGUAAAUUUUUGACGUGUUAAGAUGCGUAAGUUUUUGUGCAUUAUAGUUAUGAUCGCGACGACUAAUAGUAAUUUAGUUUGUGAGAAAAACAAAGAAUUUUCGAAAUUAAUAUCGCAAAUUAGAAAGCAAAAAGAGACUAUAUCAGACACAUUGUUAAAACCGUACGGGGAUGUCGUUGAACAAUUUCAAAAACUUCUAGACAAACUUGGAAAGUAUAUAUCGACGGCCGCAAAUAACUUGAACGAAUUGGAAAGAAAUACCAAAAAUAUUUCCAAUAAAACAAACCUCUUAAAUAUAAAGAGAAAUGAGUUUUACGAUGAAUUGAUUGAAUUAGAAAAAGAUCUGGCCAAUUUCAGAAUUCUAGGAGAUUUAUCGAUUGACGGCAUCAAAAAUAACACUGACCGCAUUGAAGAGAUUAUCGAAAACUUAAAAGAUAUUGAAAAUGAACUCGAAUAUUGGAAUAAUUUUGCCGAUAAUUAUAAUGAAACUAAUUUAUACAAUAAUAUAAUGAACAUACCUCAUAGUGUUUCGGAAGAUUUAUCAUUUAUAGAAAACGCUAUGUACGAGGAUGAUAAUAUAACUUGUACUUAUAUGAUAAAUGAGGAUUUGAAAUUCGUUUUUGAACAACUGGCUACUUUACUAGACUUUACCGAGGUUGCAAAAGACGUUGAAGAUCUCAAAAUUAUCGCUGAAAAAAAUAGGUUGGCGGUAAACGCCGAAAUUGAAAUGUUUAAACAAUUAGUAGAUAAAGAAAAAGAAGCAAGAAUGCUAGUGGAAACGGGAAAUCGUUUAGAAGAUUUACUAGAUCAGCUAAAUGACGUUUUAUACGAUCUGAAUAUCAAUAAAUUAUCCGAAAUAGAUUCACGAAUUGAACAGACGGAAAACCAAAUUGAAAAUAAUCAUAUUAAAACAAAUUGUUAUAUGGCAUUUCUUCAAAAUUGUCACAUACAACAACCUAAUACCCUAUCAGAGCCCCUAGAAUGUAUAGAUGAAUAUUGCAAUAAACAAUAAGUGAGAAUUGUUUCUACUUAUGACAUCUAUCUGUAGAAUACAUCAAACUAACUUUUUUAGUACUGCAAUAAUUUUACAGUUACCUGUUUAUUCAGCUGUGUAUUACAGGUAUCUUCUCAUAUAGCUUUCGCUAUUGAGAUGUAGGAGUCGCAGUCAUUAAUAAUAUAAAAAGAUUAAUAAUCUGUCUAUUAUUAAAAAAUUAUAUAAUAGAUAGCUAUGAUAAAAAGUAUUAAUCAAUAUAACUUUUUACUGAGGGUUUAAAUAAAUUAAAUGUUCAAUAUAUACUUGUUCGUAUAAGAAUUUUAUCGGAGACAUUUUGUAAUUACGAAGUAGAUGUCACCACCGUGAAUAUUGUAAAUAAAUGUCAAUUUUUAUUAAUAUUUAACCUCAAAUAAUCGUAUAUAUACAAUCAUAAGAUAUUAUUUGAACAAAAAUUAUAUUGAAAAAUGUAAUAAACAUUCAUAAUGUGAUUUACAAAUUAGUAGAGUAAAUAUUUUCAAACCUAUGAAUUCAUUUCAUUAAGUACUUUGAAUUAACUAGCGGAAUGGUAAUGCACAGAGCAUUAUUCACAUGGUUCAUCCUGCUGGUUUUCUUCAUAUUAUUAUGUUUGAGAUUAGAAGCUCGAAUCCAUUGGAAUUGGUUUCUUAUAUUCUUACCAAUGUGGGUAUACGACUUCAUCUUAUUUAUCGACGCUCUAUUCAACAUAUUCAUUAGGUGUAAACAGGAUACAAUACGGAAUUUAUUCAAGAACAAAAAUAUACUAUUAUUAGCUGUUGUUUUAUUAAAAGUGGCUACGCAAGUUUUACUUUGUCUAAAGUUGGAUUACACUACUUUGAAUCUCCAAAUAUUUCAUGUGAUGAUACCUUUGUGGAUUUUAUUUCCUUUCCUAAUUUUGGAUGUCUCCAUAACAUUGUUCAGAAGUUCAAGGUACUAACAGGUGAUUAAUUAUAUAAAACAAAAUUAAGAAAAUUUGUGUUCAUUUUGCUGAGAAUAAACAACUUUCUUUUCAUAUGA